AUGAGGAUUCUUCUUUGUUAUUUCGUUGGCUGCCUGGUCCUACAAAAUGCGGAUGGAAGUAUUGAAUCAGACUGCAUUCGGAAGCACAACUUGUACAGAAACAAGCAUGGAACUCCAGCUUUGAAAUACAGUGAAAGUAUCGCAGAAGAGGCUCAAAAGCUCGCAGUGACACUGGCGAAGCAAACGACUAAGAAAGUUACUAAGGGGAUAUAUGACGUCAAUUAUUUCAUUGGAGACUCGUCCGUUCCGCGGACAAUAAGUGACGCAGUGGAAAAUUGGUAUACUGAAGGAAAUUCCUACAAUUACAAGCAGCCUGAAAUCUCCUCAAGUAACACCCGCUUCUUAGAGCUGAUGUGGAAGUCCCACGAGAAAAUGGGUUGCGGAAUGGCCGUGGCUAUAAAUGGCGCGAAUAUCCGCACAGUGGUGGUGGCAAUAUAUGAACCUGCCGGCAUGCGAGUUGACAUAAAUGACUACAUUGAGAACAUUCUACCGGCAAAAGACUAA